AUGGAGCUGCUGGGGGGGCCGGAACUGGCCGACCUGGUGGCCUCACUGCCCGGGUUCCUACUGGCCGUGACCCGCGAGGGGAAGCUGGUGGGAGUCACCGACAACGUGGCCCAGCACCUGGGGCACUCCAUGGUGGACCUGGUGGCACAAGGUGACAGCAUCUACGACCUGCUGGACCCCGCCGACCACCCCCUGGUGCGACACCAGCUCACCCUGCCCGGGCCCCCCCAGGCAGAGCGCCUGUUCCGCUGCCGUUUCACCACCUCCCGCGCCUCGCGCCGGCCCAGCGCCGGCCGGAAGCUCGUCCUGCUCCGGGGCCGCUUCCAGGCUCCCCCCGGACCCCCCGGAGCCUCCCCGGGGCUCUUCGUCGCCUUCUGUGCCCCCCUGGACCCCCCGCCCUGGCCCUGCCCCGACUGCCUCCUCCUGCCCGCCUUCCAGAGCCGCCACGCCCGGGACCUCGCCCUGCUCGACGUCUCCGACAGGUGA